AUGUCGCACAUCGCGGUGGAGCGGAACCGGCGGAGGCAGAUGAACGACCACCUCAAGGUGCUCCGCGCCCUCACGCCGGCCUUCUACAUCAAGCGCGUCGACCAGGCCUCCAUCAUCGGCGGCGCCAUCGAGUUCAUCAAGGAGCUGCACACCGUGCUCGAGGCGCUCGAGGCCAAGAAGAAGCGCCGCCUCUGCAGCCCCACCCCGAGCCCCAGCCCGCGCUCCCUCCUCUCCUGCUCCACGCCCACCAGCGCCGGAGUCGUCAAGGAGCUCGCCGCCUGCUGCAACUCCGCGGCCGCCGACGUCGAGGCCAGGAUCUCCGGCGCCAACGUGAUGCUCCGCACGCUCUCCGGGCGGAUCCCGGGCCAGGCCGCCAGGAUCGUCGCGCUGCUCGAGAGCCUCAACCUCGAGGUGCUCCAGGUCAACAUCAGCACCAUGGACGACACCGUCCUCCACUCCUUCGUCCUCAAGAUUGGGCUCGAGUGCCAGCUCAGCGUAGAGGAUCUCGCCUUCGAGGUCCAGCAGACCUUCCUGUGCUACCAAGAGCCCGAUCCUAAUUCGGACUUCUCCAUGUGCUACCCAUCCAUGGCGAUAUAG